AAACAAAAGCUUAUCUCCCGAGACCGUAAUAAAAGGCCUCGACUCACUCAUUACUGUAGUAAUCAGUAAAAACUCUCAGCGCGCUGCAGAUUCCGUUUUAUCAAAUGUUGAUGCCUCCCUGAGAAAUUUUCAUCUUAAGUUUCCCAGAGGGACCAAGGUCAAGGCAACAUUAUUCCCCAAAGUAAACCGCACUUUUAUGAUCGCAAAAGACGCAUAAAAGUGAUAUAUUCACAAAGUAAACAAUCCAUCAAGAUUCCUUAUUCUGUCGAAUACGCGAUUUGUCACUGAAUAAGUGAGUAUCGACGUAAAUAACCCUGAACUCGAGGAAAACCUACAGGUGGUUUCAUAGUUUCAAGUAUUAUUACUUGAUUAAGGUAUUUUUGUAACAAGCUACAGGUUACAUGAAAUGAUUCCGCUAGGGAGGCGAGCUUGUAAUUUUCGACACGCGAGUCGGGAGAAAGUAUUAAAAAUAAUGUGCUAGGGUCGGCGGUUGAAUGAAAAAGUUUCUCCCUAAAUAUGUGCCUUGGGAGGCAUCCCAUUAACGCCUGAAAGACUUUCAAGGUUUAUGCUCUGGUGGAUUUAAUAUGAGUUACUUUCAUUUAGAUAUGACUGAUGGCUGCCAAUACGCUUAUAAUAACACGUUAGAUCUUUCCACAAACAGUUGAGAACGGAAACGGAAACGCGGAAUGUAACAUUUAUUUGUCAGAACACAAUUUAUUAAGGACACAAAAGAGCAAAGCAAAUAAUAACAUUUAGACGAAUCAAAGAAUUAUAUACCAUCUGUUAGCUAACAAUAGACAUCGACCUUGAAGGCUUUUACGGAGGAGUUUUCCUUCGAAAGGGUAGGAAAUAAUUACGUUCGAGUCAGUAACCCGGGCGUGCGUUAUUGAUGGGCUCGCGCGGCGGCGCCGAGACGCGCGGUAAGUGGGUCAGGGAGGAGCGAGGGACGCGCAGUCGCUCCGACACUGCGCCCUCAACCCUCAGCCAUGGCGGACGCGCCGCCCGAGGUCCUCGAGCUCAACGUGGGCGGCGUGCACUACGCCACGACGCGCGACACGCUGCUCCGCGAGCCCGACUCGCUGCCCGCCGCCGCGCUGCAAGACCCCGACCAUCCGCGCGACGCCCGCGGACGCAUCUUCUUCGACCGGGACGGAGUUCUUUUCCGUUAUGUUUUGGAUUAUCUCCGAGACGGCGGCCUCGUGCUUCCGGAGUGUUUCCGAGAACACAAACGACUGGCUCGUGAAGCCAAACACUACAGACUCGCCGGACUAGAAAACGCGGUUCGAGACGCUGAUCCUCGUCCUCCGAACCGCGAGAAGGGCUGCAUCACCGUCGGCUAUCGAGGGAGCUUCGCGUUCGGCCGCGACGGACUCGCAGAUGUCAAAUUCCGCAAGUUAUCGCGUAUCCUCGUCUGUGGAAAGGUGAACCUUUGCCGUGAUGUGUUCGGAGAAACCCUGAACGAGUCCCGAGAUCCAGACCACGGACUUGCUGACAGGUACACUUCUCGUUUCUUCUUAAAGCACUCGUUCAUUGAACAAGCUUUCGAUAUGCUGUACGAGAACGGUUUCAAGCUGACUGCGAGCUGUGGCAGCGGCACCGCUGGCGGGGCUGCUGAGCUUAAACCAGGAGUGGAUUCAGAGGAAAAUCGUUGGAAUCAUUACAACGAAUUCGUAUUCACGCGCGAAUAAAUUGUGCGUUCUCGGAAUGUGAUAAUCAUCUGCUGUUGAUCGAGUGAGGCUUAAUAAUAUUUCUGUCGUUAGAAGAAUGUUUAAGAGCAUUAUUUUCAUAAAUAAUGCAUCUCUCUUGUAUCCAGAGAUAGAAGUAAUUUAACUUUGAAGUUCUCGUAAGUCGUUCGCAAUAUUUGCGUAACCGGAUAAAGCUUAAAAUAAAGUUUUCUUGUCAUUAUAAAAUGACUUCUAUGAUGGUCGAUCAUCCUAAAUGUUCGGCAAGUAACAAGGUUCAUAGAUGUCGGUGAUAUGCCGUUGAGUAAUGCAAAAGUUCAAGUAAUAAAUGUUUAAUUAUUAUGUAGAUAAAGAAAACUAAACUGUAAUCAUGUAACAAAUAGGUAGUGUUAAAUGUAAAAAUAUAAAAUAGUAGUUAAUAACCUCCUUUAGGGCUAAUUUCGUGUACUGUGUACCUAUUUCUAUCAAGUUUUUCAAAUUAUUUUAUAUUCGAUUUAUAAAUCAAUGUUUAAUAAUGUAUUUUGAAAAUACUGCGUGGGCCAUCGUUUUUGAUAAAAGUAAUAUGCCAAAUUAUGAUAUGACCGUUAUGUACGAGUAAUAUGAUGCGGUAGCUCUGAGUUACUAAAUCAUGGUGUUGAAUAUUUUAUGUUUUACUUCGAGGUACGGCUGUGCCCGGUGAUGUGUUGUGAUGAAUACGUUUCCCCUUCCUCCUCGUGUAGAUUUAAGAAAAUUGGAUUUCAAAGUGUAGUAAAUAAUGCAAUGAGCGCGUGUGAAAUGUACCUUAAAAAAAUAGUGUUUUAAUAGUUGAAAAAUUAUACAUCUCAGGAGAAUUUAAGAUUGUAACGAGAGCAUAAGAAUAGAACGUGAAACUUUUAUGUAACAAGUUAAAGACGCAAUUAUGACUUGAGUAUCAGAGCUGUUCAGAGUUAAACUUAGGGAAAAUAUUGU